AUGUCUGCCGUUGAAGAACCAGUUGAAAAAGUUCCUGUUGAAGAAGCCCCUGUUGAAGAGGCUCCAGUUGAAGAGGCUCCAGUUGAUGAGCUUGUUGAGGAUGUUGUGGAAGAGCUAGAAGAAGAGGUCAUCGCUGAGCCUGAGCCUGAAUUCAAGUUCGUUGAAUUGGCUACUCCUAUUCCAAAGAGUGUGCAAACGGGUGCCAAGGAAAUUAAGCUUUUCAACAAGUGGUCUUUCGAAGGUGUCACCGUCAAGGACAUCUCAUUGGCCGAUUACAUCCAGGUCAGACAGCCAAUCUUUGUUUCUCACACUGCUGGUAGAUAUGCAAACAAGAGAUUCAGAAAGGCACAAUGUCCUAUCGUUGAGAGAUUGACUAAUUCCAUGAUGAUGAAUGGUAGAAACAAUGGUAAGAAGCUCAAGGCUGUUAGAAUUGUUAAGCAUGCCAUGGAGAUCAUUAAUGUUCUUACUGACCAGAACCCAUUGCAGGUUAUUGUCGAUGCCAUUGUCAAUACUGGUGCCAGAGAAGACACUACCCGUAUUGGAUCUGCUGGUGCUGUUAGAAGACAGGCUGUCGAUGUUUCUCCUUUGAGAAGAGUCGAUCAGGCUAUUUCCUUAUUGACCAUUGGUGCUAGAGAGGCUGCUUUCAGAAACAUCAAGACCAUUGCUGAAUGUUUGGCUGAGGAGUUGAUCAAUGCUGCUAAAGGUUCAUCUACAUCUUUCGCUAUCAAGAAGAAGGAUGAGUUGGAGAGAGUUGCCAAAUCUAACCGUUAA